GACCACCAACCGUCAAAAGUCUGUUUGAAUAUCCUAGAUUCUUCAAAGCAUCCCCUCCUUUCAACCUGGUUACUUCAGGAAAUUAGAUAUAGCUCUUCAACGACACAUAAAACCCCUGUGGUUAUCUAAAAUGUCAGACACUCCCACGCCUUUACAAGCCCCAGACCUAUCCGCAGCCACACUAACCACCCCCACUCAACAAUCAGACCGCAUUGAAUUAAUCUCGCGAGCCCGUUCUUUCCUAACUUCCCCAAAUAUCCGGGACCAAAACAUUCUCUCAAAGCGGUCUUUCCUUUCUGAAAAAGGUCUGACAGCUCCUGAAAUCGAGGCCCUCCUGCGUGAGCUACCUCUACAACUUCCCUUAGUCCCUCCGCGAACAUAUCCUCAGCCAGCUCCUUCCAACCUGCCCAAUCUCCUUAUAGGCCUCGCUCGCAUUUUCACAUGGAUUACUGGCACAUCUGCCGCUCUCCUCUUCAUUUACUACCGGUUCAUUCUACCCCGUAUCACCCGAACAUAUGAAGCCCGUCAUAUGCUCAUCAAACACCAAUCAAGUCUUCUUUCCCGUUUCACUGAUUCUCUGCGUACUUUGAAGGAUACGCAAGAGUCGUCGUAUGUUGAACUUCCCCGGAAAAGUCAUCCCGCCGAAGAUAGUCGCUAUGCGCAACAUCACACUCUGGAAGCGCUUCUUGCCGCAAUUGGUGAUGGUGAUCCUGAGAGUAUACCAGAUGAAACCUUGCUGCGAUGUGCAUUGGAGGAGCUUACAGAACCAAAGGAUAGCGGGGCUGUGAGCACUGAAAAGCUUUUCCAUCACUUCGAGGCCAAGGUUUUGUGGUUACAGGGUGAAGAUGGGGCGCAACGCCAGGGUAAAUUGUGGUACACACUCAAUACGAACCCCGUCUUUACUUCUUCACCCCCACCCCCUCCCUCACCUCCCUCAUCUUCGUCGUCCUCUGCACCGAAGCCACUCCCAUCGGAGCUUCUCUGGAAAUACAACCCCCCACAAUCGAAUAUUGCACCUUUACUCCCUGCUCUCUCGAAACUCAAAACUUCUCUUCAAUCGCGGUCGACUAUUCCCUCUGUGGCAAGCGCAGCAACACAGAAUGCCCUACAGACACUUUCUGACUUUACCGGAUAUAUCACCACACAAACAUAUUCCCUUAAUCUUCCGAUCCGAGGUGGUUUUGGCAUGAGCACAAGCGUAGGGUUAGGAGCUGAGGAGGACGAACUGCGUCGCGAAAUUCGCGCACUCAAGGGUCUCGUGCUCAAUAGACGUUCCUUUUUGGGGCCGGGAAUAGGAGAUUCCUUUCCAACCCUUGAGAAGAUAUCCUGA